AUGGUUAGAUGGAAUAGAUCAAGGCGUCAUGAUCGAAGAGGAGUAGGAGGAUUCUUUGUCGAAGACAGUUCUAGAGAAAAUGAGGAAGAUUCAGAUGACGAAUAUGAUGAGAGCAUUCUGAAACUACUGCCUGAUGGAGAGGAUGAAGAUAAUCACAGAGAUUCAAUGAUUAGAAUGGCUUACAUUCCACUCUUGCUUUUCGCCGUGUUCUUUUAUCCAGGAGUUUUUGUUUUUGCUGUUGUUCUUGAGAAUGCAGCCUAUGUUCAUACGAGAACAGAAGUCGCCAGCAUGAACCCGUUCUUAUUGUCCUACAAGGUUCUUCGUAAAGGUACCGGAUCAUUCCAACAUGCGACGAUGCCGGAAGUCGCGAAAAGUCUCAACAGAAUCGGACAUUUCUGCCUCAAUGUCUUCGCCACUACUGCUCUGAUUAUCGCCUUGAUGAUUUUCAUCGAAUCAAAGUUGCUGACCACGUCACAGAUAGAGCAAUGCGCACCAAACUGCGUUGCUGUACUCUACGCGUUCGCAAUGUGGAUGCAACUGGCGACCGUUCGCUAUCGCAACGUCGUUCCACUUGUUCUCACCGUAGCUAUCGAGCUGUUCAUUCUCGGAUUGGUUAUGGCCACGAAGCUACCAUCUGUGGCGAUUUUUCAAAUCAGAGAAGUCAUGUUUUAUGUUCUAUUCGUCUUCAUCACUAUCGUCCGAUUGGUCUACAUGCUCAUCCUAUACAAAGUACUCCAGUUCAAAAACCCUCGCUUUACCCUCGCGACGACAGUUUUCCUGAAGCCGACCAACACUCCUGUCACAUUUUCGUCAGUUUUGGCACCACAAGAGCUCGACCCAACGAACCCGUACUAUCCACAAACCGUCUACAACAGUAACCAAGUUAAAAGUAAUCUUCUAGACAAGUCUCUUACCUAA